AUGGCCAAUUCAUCUGAAAGACACCAGGCUAAGAAGCUGGACCAGCUCUGGGUUCCCACCACACCUGAAGAGGCAAAGCAAACCCAAAGUAACCACAGUGUGCUGUGGGGACUGGGCCAAAGCCAGGCAUCCUCAAGUGGAGGUGAGACUACAAGUCCCAGAAUUCCCAACAAGAAAAAGAAAGGUCACUUGGGAAGGGGCUACAGCGCUAAGCCGUUCCCUGGCAACGCUUUCCCGGCGUUCUCCGAGCGCAGCAAGGCAGUUCUGCCCAUCGCCUCUAGGAACGCGGAGAGGCUCCCAGCGUACCUUGCGCCGUCUCCACGGUUACCAGCGCUGGGCGCCCAACUGCGGCCUAGGCCACCGCGGCCUAGCAGACUGGAUGGGGCGCAGAGGCCGGCAGCCGUCGCCGCUCCUCCUGGGGCGGUGUGCUUUCCUUCUCUUGCUGCUGCCAGGGGUUUGCCCAUCCACGGCCGUGCCGACGAGCGAAGCGCCUUCGGAGCCGGCCACCAGUCGAGGCGAAGCCACCGCUGCGGGGCCGACAGCAGAGCUCCCUCCUCCUUCGACCUCCGGCUCCGUAGGGCUCAGCGAGGCGACCUCGACGUGGCUAAGCUAUGCGUCUGUGACCUCCUGGAGGAUCAGUGUGAUGUAAACUGUUGUUGCGAUCCUGUUUGCACGGCUGCGGAUUUCAGUGUCUUUACUGCAUGUUCGGUUCCCGUUGUCACAGGUGACAGUCAUUUCUGCAGGCAACAAGAAGCCCUCUAUUCAAUAGACCAAUCAGCGCAGCCUCCAGAACGGGUAUUUCAGCUAGUCGAUAAAGUCAGUCCCGCUGUGUUCUGCCUUCAGACCACCAACUAUAAAGCUGGCCUGUCCUUCCAAGCUCCAGAAAUACCCACUCUGCAUAAUUUUGAUAGGUUGCUUCAAGAAUUUAACAGGGGUACCUUUGCUACUGAAAAUGAUCUCGCGCUGGAAGCUGAAUCAGAGACCCAGCAUGAGGCUAAUGCAAAUGACACCAGCAGAUACAAAUUUAAGGAUCUCAUUCAGACCUCCAACGGCUUUCUGAGGCUUCCUGCUCCACUUUUCUCCCAAUGUGCUCAUGGUAACCCUGCAGGCUUCUUAAUGAACCAGGCUGAGAAGUGCAACACGGUGAUCAAGAUGGAUGAAUGCACCACCUUUCCCGAAUUCAGCAUGCAAUUUUACACCAAUUUUAGCAUUUUGGUGGUACCAAAUUCAAGGCAAACAGUUAAUGUCACCGUCCAGUCCAUCACAAUUCAGACACCGGAGGGGCUGUGCACUCGCCUGGCCACUACAGAUGUUGUGUUGCUCCCUGCAUUAAAUAAUCAGUCAUGCAGCAAUGUGGUUCUUGAGGCAGACUACCUCAUUACCUUUACAGAGGCGGGUGAAAUCGUAGGGGCAGCCGUCUUGCUGGUUCUGGGGACAGUUAAUCUAACCACAAUUUUUGUGCAGCAGACCUUUGCCAUCCAUUUCAUACAGCAAGACACUCAGCCUGUUCCCCUCAGCGGAAGCCCAGGUUAUGUGGCUGGAUUACCAAUAAAGGCUGGAUUUAGGUCAGGUGGCUCUGGAGUCAUUCAGAACUUGAACGAAGGAAGCCAGCUGACCAUGAUGAAAAGCACCACAGCUCAGGAUUGUUUCCGUGUGGAAGGGAGCCGAACCCCAGUAUUGUUUGGGUACAAUAUGAUGUCUGGAUGCAAAGUGCGAAUUACCGACAGUGCUGACUGUACGCUUCUGGCUCCAGAUAUCCUAAGAGUGUUGAAGGGCCAAAAUUUUCCAGACUGCGUGGCCUCUUUUGGAGAUUCCCUGCCUCAGAACGGACUGGACUGGGUCCAAAUCUCUUACAAUUCCACCAGACCGACCACCUGUGAAAUUCCAGUGUCCUUUGAAAUGGAAGUUAAGUGGACUAAAUACGGGUCCUUGGUCAACCCCCAGGCUAAAAUUGAGCGCUUAACGGUGCUAAUAACAACUGCUGCCUUACCCAAGGUCGAUUCAGGAAGUGAACGCAUCCUCCAGAUCCUCAGCUCGGUUUCGUUUGUCGACAUCUCUGCCCCUGCGCAGCCAGGAUACAAAGCUUGGCCAACCAUCGAGGCCAACUUGCCCUUUGAUUUUUUCUUUCCUUUUGUUUAAAACUACAUGCAGAGUCACAGGAUCUCAGCUUCAUGUUUUAAAGUGGGAACUUUUCUUCAAAUCUACACUGAAGUUGAAAACAGAUGUUGCAUAAAAGCGAGCAGGUGCCAAGAUUGUUUCUGCCCGCACUCCUGCCAGCAUCAACUUCAGGAGGACAGCUGGAAUUAAGGUGGGCCUUGGCAGAGUUGGGUUGAAGAUCUUGCUGCAAGUUCAUAAAUAUGGACAGAGGCAUGGAUUCUACCAUAUGCUCUCAUGCAAGAGAGCCACACAGACUGGGAAGGCUUAAGAGUUGAAAUCCAAUGUGUUUGGCAGGCCCCAGAUUGGGAAAGGCAGCCUGCCACCUCCAGAGUCCAGUAUGAUGGGGUCUUCCGGAAGUUAAGACACAACAGUUAACAGUGCCAAUAUGUCCAAUGCUCAAAGGAGGGAGCAAGGGGAAAAAAAGUAGCAACCAAAAUUCUGAAAGCGGGGGAGUCUGGAGAAAGAUACUGCCCUUAUACAUUAGAAACCUCUUCUGGCUGUUACAGUUGUAGCUUUUGUGAAUUAACGGAGAUCGCCUUCUGAAUAUGGAUUUGGAUUUAUUAAAUUAUUUCUGCUAGUCUUUUGAAACUGUA